UUAAACAUGAAAAUGUCUCUCCUCCUCUUCUUCCUCCUCUUCCUCCUCUGUCAAAAAUCCUGUCCGAGGACUCUUGGUGCGCAUGCGCGGCGUUGCUCCGCUCCACUGCACACAAACACAGGAGAAGAAGAGGAGGAGGAGGAGGAGGACCAGCGGAACCGGCUCAGCUCCGAGUCCAGUUGCACGCGGAUCCCAAACUCCGACAGCUGCAGCGUCCCGCGAUGACGUCACACAGGAAGUGGGCGGCGGUUCACGGCGCUCUCCAGGAUCUCCUUCAGGAGGAGUUUCCUGUUGAGCCUCCUGGUCCUCAGGUGGACCGGCUGCAGCUCCUCCAGGACCGGGCCAUUCUGUACCUUAAGUACCUGCAGAUCUUCCGCAGUCUGGAGGAGGUCUACGAGCAGCUGGUGCAGCCCCAGAGGAGGCGGGCGGUCCGGGUGGUUCUGGACGGGCUGACGGGUCGGAUCCUGGAGCUCAAGAGUCAGAUGGUGGAGCUGGAGCUCUCCGAGUUCCACUACUUUGAUGACCUGCUGCUAGACCUGAAGAUGACCCCGAAGGACCUGGAGAUCCCCGUACCCCGAUACUUCCUGAGAGAGAAGACUCAGCUGCAGGCAAAGUUCGCCAACAUCCUGGAAACAGUCCAAGCCAAUCAGACGGUGAGUCCAGUCCAGUCCAUGAGUCUGGAGAAGGCGGUCCGUCUGCUGCAGGUGUCUGAGCGCGUCCGGCAGGGACGAAUCAGAGCCCAGUUCGUGAAGGAGCUCCUCCAAUCAGAGAGAGGCUUCCACAGCCGCACCUGGAAACCCACAAACCUGACCCCGGAUCAGGCUGCGAUCCAGAUCCAGAAGGUGUGGAGAGGUCACAGUCAGAGGAACCGCACCAACACUCUGAGAACCCAGGAGAUGAUUUCUCUUGGAAUGAUCCCAGCGGGGCCUCCUGGUCCCACUUCAGCUCAGCUGCAGGCUCGACAGGCAUCAUUGGAUCGGAAGCUGAUCCAGAAUCAGAACGAGGAGGAGUACCAGAGAGCUCAACUUAGAGUGAAGCAGUCCAUUCUAGACGUGGAGGGAACCAACGUCAGGGAGACUCUGCAGGAACAGAUCCGACAGUGGUCCAGCGAGUGCAGGGACGCCACGGGGACGUUUCCAGACUUCCCUGACAGUGAGGACGGAGGGUCGGCUGCCAUAUUCUGUCACAAAACACCUGAGCAGGUUUCAGCUGAGCUGGCGGUGAGGCGGGAGGACGGAGAGAAGAAGAAGAGCAGACAGAGAGGAGGAGUAGAGAAGAGGAGGAGGAGGAAGAGGAGGACAGAGGAGGACGGUGGUCAGUUUAAUCCUCGCAGCAGUUUCCUCCCCGACAUCGUCAAAGGUCACGAAACCUUCACAGAUGUGUGGCGUUGCCGUGACGACCAUGGGCAGCAGAGUUUGGACUUCCAGCUGCUCAGAGAGGAGAAGAGACAGGAAGUGGAACAGGAAGUCAGAGUCCAGGUGGAUGAGCUGAUGAGGGCGGAGCUGGAGAACCUCCGACUGGUGGUGGACAGAACACAGAAGAAAAAGAAGAAGAAGAAGAAGAAGAAGAAGAAGAAGACAGGAAGUAGAAAGAAGAAGACGAAGAAGAAGGACCUGACAUCUGACAGGUCUCUACAGUCUCUGUGUGAGGAAUUGAUCCUGCAGGGUUUCCUCGUCCAACCAAUGAACAUCAAGCUCUCCGACUACAUCGGUGAGUACAAUUACCUGGCCUCGACCCUCAGACAGGUGAACAUUGAACCAAUGCCAUCUCUGUCCGACGUCAGACAGCUGGUCGCUCUGUACGCCGUCCUGCCGCUGGGAUCUCAGGCGGUCCUGGAAAAGUUCCUGGUGGCGAAGACUCUGCUGCUGGCCGGUCCGUCUGGAGUCGGUAAGAAGACGUUGGUUCAUGCCGUUUGCAGCGAGACAGGAGCUCACCUGUUCCACCUGAGCCCCGCCCACCUGAACAACAGGUACCCUGGCAGAGGAGGAGCUGCCUACCUGCUGCACCUGAUCUUCAAGGUAGCAGGUGAGCUGCAGCCGUCUGUGAUCUGGAUCGAAGAUGCCGAAAAAAUCUUCUACAAGAAAACUCCAAAAACUGGCAGAGAGUCGGAUCCUCGGAGGCUGAAGAAAGACCUGCUGAAGUCUCUGAAGACUCUGAAACUGGAGGACCGAGUUCUGGUGAUCGGGACGACUCGCAGACCGUUUGAUGCAGAAAUCAAACCGUUCUGUGAAGUCUACAAGAAGAUCAUCCUGAUCCCAAGACCAGACUACGCAUCCAGACUGGUCCUGUGGCGGGAGCUGCUGCGUGCUGAGGGGGCGGAGCCAGGUCCGGCCCUGGACCUCAGCUCAUUGGCCAAGAUCACUGACGGCUUCACUCAGGGUCACAUCCUGCAGGCGGCCCGCUCGGUGCUCCGCCCCCACAGGCUCAAGAAACUCCACCUCCAACCGCUGACCGCCGCAGAGUUCAUCCAAUCACUGUCGAGAAUGGAGCCGGUGUACCGGGAGGAGGAGGAGGCUUUCAGGGUGUGGUUCAGUCGGACGCCGCUCAGCCACAGGAAGGCUCAAGCUGCCAAAACCAACGAAGAAGAAGGACGACGAGGAAGAGGACGAGGAGGAGGGAGGAAAAAGAAGAGCAAAGAGGACAAAAACAAGACCAAGAAGAAGAAGAUGAAAAGAUAAAGAUGGAGGAGUCAGUGAUUUUUUACAUUGAAACAUUUAUAUUUUAUUUUUCUGUUUCACAAACUUUUAUUUUGUAGGAUUUCAUCAAUGAUUAUGUUUUAUUUCCUGUAUAAGUUUUUAUAUAAAGUCAAUGAUGUUUAUAAAAUGUGUUAUUUUAGCUUCUGUGCUGCAGGAAGAAACACGAUUUACAUAACAAGUAUGUCAGUAACAGUCAAACCUUUUAUUUUGAAGUUGACCAACACUUCCUGUAGUCGUCACUGAAAAUGAACAACCUCAUAAAACAUCAAAUAUCUAUGAUGAUAAAGAUGUGAGAUCAUAUUUCUCAUCAUGUCUUUCAUUGUUCCUGUAAAUGUUUUGUCUUCACACAGAUUAAAGGAAGGUAUUAACUACUAAAA